AUGCUCCGUAAAACGGAACACCUCGGUAUGGACCUGCAAACACCACUCGCCCAUCCACUUACGAAUACCUCUCUCACUCAUCGUCCACGCGGUACGCUUGAGCGGCGGGCUCGAACCGCGGCUGCGAGACGAAUGGCUCAGCAGCACGAGCCGUCGGCAGUGUCCGAGACGGAUGGCGUUCGCUCAUUCACCGACCAAGACCCCAUCUACCAGGCCUUCGAUUCCUACCCCUGGGCCAAGGAUGAGGCCUUCCUGUCUGGACUCGCUGCUAUCCUCCAGAACGCGCAAGACUCGCCUGCCGACAUCGCCACCCGUGCGCGCAUCUUCUACUACGCCCAGCGAAUAGGCGUCCAAAUCGACUUUGAUCGUUACCGAGAAUGGCUCGCUCGGCACCCCGAUCAUCAUCCACCCCAAGUUCUACCGCAGAACCAUCUCGAUCCCUCGAAGCAAACGGAGCAACCACAGGGAUCUGCCCUGCCAUGGCAGCAAGCAGCUCCCAAGGCGGAGCUUUACCUUGAUCGCAAACCUACCUCGGGAUCCGCAGACGAAGCCGGCGGGGAGCCGAAUUACCCCAUGGCCUUCGCCGAGAUGCUUCAGCUGCUUCAGGAGGGGAAGACAAUCCCUGGCAUCAAGCAAAUACCCAACACCGUUGCUAGAGACAGGUCCGUAAAGCCGGUCGGCGCUCGUACAGCGCCCAAAAAGCCGUGGGAAAAGAACGCAGCGGCUGCCAUUCCUGAAGCCCAUCUCCCCCAAUCGCUUGAUGAAGACUUCCCGCCGCUCGAAACUGAGGCCUCGGAGACGGCCCAAGAGAGCGCAGCAUCGGCUUGCAACGCUCACAGUAACAAUGCGCUGUAA